AUGCCAAUAAAACGGAAAGAUGAGUAUGAUGAAGAUGCAUGCUUUACUCGUUCACGAGGCAGAACAAGACGACCAUCCACCAUUGGUACUCUCUCUCCGCGUACACGCUCACCAGUGAAUCGAAGUCGUCGACAGUCAGUGCGAUCAGACCACGGAACAGGCCAGCACGGAAGAGAAUCCGUACGAUCAAGACCGAGGCGAGAACCAGAUCAUGAAACAUCAGACUCCGAAACAGCUAUCUCUCCUCGCACCCGCCGACGCCGCGUCAACCGGUCACCAACACCUCCACAUAGAGGUUCAGUUAUUCACGACGUUUACUAUCCCCGUCCACGUCCAAGAUCCCGCACAACACCCUAUCACCACCUCAACUACACCGACGACGAGCGGGAAGAAGACACAUACCACAACAACUACCCCCGAUCCUACCACCGCCGGGCACACUCCAACCCUCCGUCCACUUCUUACCAUCACCAGUCCCGCCGUCCCUCGCUCAACCUCGCAACCCUCAAAUCCUCCCCCAAGACCGCCUCCCUCCUCAAAGCCGCCACCCGCGCUCUCGAAGCCGGCGCCGCCACCGCUCUCAAACUCCGCAAGGACUCGCCCUCCACCCCGCUUUUUUCUGCACAAUCAGGCUCCAAAAUCGCUUCAGCAGCUCUCGGCGCCGCGGUCGUGGACGGGUUGAUUGAGCAUGAGCAGAGGCGCCAUCCGAAGCUGAUGCGAAAGGGCGGGUUGAGACAUCAUGUGGUUAAGCAGGUGGUGCAGAGGGGUGUGGCGGGGUUAGUGGGAGGGAUCUUGGAGGAAAGUUUGGCUGGUGGUGGUAAUGGUGGUGGUGGUGGUGGUGGGGAUGAAAAGGGGGAAGGGCGACAGAAAGGAGGGCGGAGUGGGAGGAAGGAAAGUGUCAAGAGAGUUGCAAAGGGGAUGGUGAGGGAUUACGAAAAAUGGGAGAAGGGGAAUGCCGAUGGUGGAAAGGGAACGGGUGGGAAGAAAGAAAAGGUGGGGAAGAGUAGUGAGAGGGGAAGAAGGGAGAGUCGUGAGGAGAGGGAGAGAGACACUGGUGGGGAGGAGAGAAGAAGGGAAAGGACGAGGGAGAGGGAGAGGGGGAGGGAGGAAAUUGUUCGUGGAAGGAGAAGGUAG